AUGGCGACCAGGAUCCUCCUGCUGCUUUCAGGGGUCCUGGUCCUGACCCAGACCCAUGCAGGCUCCCACUCCCUGAGGUAUUUCCUCACUGUCGUCUCCCGGCCCAGCGGCGGAGAGCCCCGUUUCAUCGCGGUGGGCUACGUGGAUGACACACAGUUCACGAGGUUUGACAGCGACGCUGUGAAUGCGAGGGCGGAGCCGCAGGCUCCCUGGAUGGAGCAGGAGUUUUGGGAUGGACAGACCCGGAUCGCCAAGGUCCGUGCCCAGAUCUACCGAGAGUACCUGCGGACCCUUCGAGGCUAUUACAACCAGAGUGAAGCUGAUGGGCGACUCCUCCGUGGUUAUCGUCAACAUGCCUACGAUGGCACCGAUUACAUCUCCCUGAAUGAAGACUUGCACACUUGGACAGCAGCAAACUUGGCGGCUCAGAUCACUAAGCACAAAUGGGAGAAGGACGGAGAGGCCGAACGUCAUAGGGCCUAUGUGGUGGGCAGAUUUCGUGAAUGGCUCCACAGACACUUGGAGAAUGGGAAGGAGAUACUGCAGCGCACAGAUCCUCCAAAGACAUACGUGACUCAUCAUCACAUCUCUGAGCAUGAGAUUAUGCUGAAGUGCUGGGCCUUGGGAUUCUACCCAGCUGAAAUCAUGCUGACCUGGCAGAGGGAUGGGGAGGAGCAGACCCAGGAUACAGAGCUUGUGGAGACCAGGCCUGCAGGAGAUGGGACCUUCCAGAAGUGGGCAGCUGUGGUGGUGCAUCCUGGAGAGGAGCAGAGAUACACUUGUCUUGUGCAGCAUGAGGGGCUGUCUAAACCCCUCACCCUGAGAUGGGAACUGCCUACAAUCUCCAUUAUGGGAAUUGUUGCUCUCCUUGGAACUGUGGUUGUGAUCGUUGGAGCUUUGGUGACUAUAGCUAAGAUUUGGAAGAAGAUUUUGAAGAAGAAAAGUUCAGGUACAGAAAGAGGGAGCUACAUUCAAGCUACAGGGUAA